GGGGCUGGGGCAGAGCACGGAGGGCUGACCCCGCUGCGGGACAUCCCGGCGGGGCUGCAGCCCGGGGCCCCGGGACUUGUCUGCCACAUUCGCUCCAGCGAGCAACUGUUUUGACAGAGCCAUUACUCACCCGUCAAGCUUUUGUUCCCGCUGCCCAGCGGUGCCUGUCUGGAGCUCUGAAUAGGAUCAAAUCCUGCAACCAGACACACGCACGCACACAGGACCGAGCUCGCCCCAAAGGCAGGGCUGUUGUGGGGCGGCUCGGCUCUCCCCAGUCCUCCCUCCGGAGCUUGGGGUCUGCUCCCCCCAUCCCGGCACCUACAUGAAGCUCUUGGUCCUGCUGGUUUGCAGCCUCCCGGUGUGGAGGGCGGGUGAGACGAGGUCGGAUGCUCCAGGAAAGUUGUCCCUGCUGGCUCCGGGAGCUCUCAGCACGAAGGAGACCUUCCUGGUGCUCUCACUGCACAACAAGUUGAGGAGCAAAGUGCAGCCCCCUGCUGCCAACAUGCAGAAGCUGGAGUGGAGCGAGGAGCUGGGGCGGCAGGCGGGGGCACGGGCAGCCAGCUGCCUGGAGGGCCCCGCUCCCCCGCCAGCCCCACAGCUGGGCUGGAGCGAGGUCCUGCUGCCCGCGGGCGCGGGCGGCUUCGGGGCCGUGCUGGAGCUCUGGUUUGCUGAGGGACAGCGCUAUGACUACAGGACGGGGCGCUGCGCCAGCAAUGCCACCUGCCGCCACUACACCCAGGUGGGCAUGAGGGGCACGGGGGGACUGCUAGGGAGCGGGACCCCGGUGACAAACGCUCUCCCACAGCUGGUGUGGGCCACAGCAGGGCAGCUGGGCUGCGGCCGGCACCGCUGCCCCGGUCCCCACGGCCCCAGCGAGGCCUUCGCCUGCGCCUACUCGCCAGGGGGCAACUGGGAGGUGGCCGGGACGCCCAUCCUGCCCUACAAGCAGGGACCCUGGUGCUCCCUCUGCACUGCUGGCCUCUCUGGCUGCUUCAAGUCCUGGGACCACAGCGGUGGGCUCUGUGAGGUGCCCAGGAACCCCUGUCGCAUGAGCUGCAGGAACAGUGGGCGCCUCGACAUGAGCAGCUGCCAGUGCACCUGUCCCCCCGGCUACACGGGCAGGUACUGCCAAGUGAGGUGCAGCGGGCAGUGCCUCCACGGAAGGUUCAGGAAGGAGGAGUGCUCCUGCCUCUGCGACGCGGGCUACGGAGGAGCUGAGUGUGGCACAAAGAUCCAUUUCCCCUUCCAUGCCUGUGACGUGCGGAUUGACAGCGACUGCUUCAUGGUGUCCCCUGAAGCCGACACCUACUAUGGAGCCAAAAUUAAAUGCCAGGAGAAAGGAGCGAUGCUGGCCCAGAUAAGAAACCAGAAGGUUCAGGACAUCCUGGCUUUCUACCUCAGCCGCUUGGAGAUGGGUAACAGGGUGACAGACACCGAUUUUGAGACUGGAAACUUCUGGAUCGGUCUCACCUACAAAACAUCCAAGGCUUCCUUCCGCUGGGAUGUGGGUGAGCCAUCCUCCUUCACCAGCUUUGCUUUUGGACAGCCGGACAACCAGGGGUUUGGGAACUGUGUGGAGAUGCAAGCAUCAGCCGCCUUCAACUGGAACGACCAGCGCUGCAAGACCCGAAACCGGUACAUCUGCCAGUUCGCCCAGGAACACAUUGCCCUGUGGCAGCGGGAUCCCUAAGCUGGCAGCCCUGGAACCGGCCAGCGCUGGCUGCUGUGCUGAACCCGGGCUCAGGAGGACCCUGGUGCUCUGCAAAGCCCGGACCAUGGCUCAGGAGGAUCUCUGCACUCUCACUUGUGCAGGGAAUGAGGGGCUGAGGGGACCCAUGGCACUGGGACCUAGCAAGAAGGGGUGUGCUGUACAUUAGCAUCCCUGACACAGCAUCUUCUUCUGCCCCUCACCUUCCUCUGUCACAAUCACUCUGCAACACCCUGGGCAGAUGUCCCCUGCAACACCCAGGUACAAAAGCAUCUCCUCCAAAACUGGCAGCUGGGCUGUGUCUGGACUGUGGUCUCAGUGUUACGAGGGGCCAAGGGGGCUCUUUGGGGGUGCACAGCUCAGGGAGGACCGGGCUCAGCUCUGAGCCAUUGUCCUGACCUGGGUGAGAAUGCCCCAGUCUGGUGGGUUUCUCACCAUCAUCUGGUCCUUCAUCAUCUGUCUGGUCAUUAAUAAAUACCCUCUCUCCUUUGGGAA